AUGACGUCCAGUGAUGGCGGCCGUGUUGAGGCGACCGGCUCUCACCCUAGCAGCGGCACGCUACCGGUCAACAUUGAGCGUCGUGUGGUCCUGUACGACGGCGUUUGCCACCUCUGUCACGCCGGAGUGAAAUGGAUCAUAAAGGCCGACAAGGAUAGGAAAAUAAGUUUCUGUUGUGUGCAAUCAAAAGCAGCUGAACCUUACUUGAGCCUAUGCAGAGAGAAGCGUAAAGAUGUUCUUCGUCGCUUCCUGUUCGUUGAGGGCCCCAACUCAUACCACCAAGGCUCUGCUGCUGCUUUACGGGUUUGUUCAUACUUGCCCCUGCCUUACUCUGCCUUGAGUUCUCUCAUGGUUAUUCCGGCUCCGUUGAGGGAUGCUGUCUAUGACUAUGUGGCAAAGCGGCGCUAUGACUGGUACGGAAAAGGAGAUGACUGCCUGGUCCUCAAGGAAAUUGAGCUGCUCGAACGCUUUGUCGAUUGGGAAGAGCUUCUGGAGCGCAGCAAAUCCAAACAAGAAUGAGGCUCCUUUUGGGACAUAAUGUAAAUAUGUUGCUCUUCCACUAGAAACAAUUCCACCACCUUGUGUGUGUGUGGUGUUUUUGGUUUGAUGUUUAGUGAAAUUUGAAACCCUCACAAGGGAGCUGAUCAUGUUAGCAUCUCCAACAUGAUGGUUCUUGAAUUUAGAUGAAAUAAAUCAAUGUUUCUAGACAUUGUGAACUACUUGCAUUUCUCAAAUAGUACAAAUAUAGUUGGAUUGACAGAA